AUGCGCUAUAAAAAGCAACAAAGAUCGCAAUUCAACGAAGAAACUGGUUCUAUAAACAAACCCCCUAUUUGGAGAAUAGCUGGAAGAAAAAGGCCUCGUGGGGAUUUUACUGAAGAUAAUCCUUCACAGCGUAUAAAAAAAAAUACACAUGACCAAGAGGCAAAAAAUCUCAUGGAAGCGUUACGCCAGGAGAUGAGAAUACGUCUUUCAAGAAAAAUACUUGUAUGUCUAGAGGCUAAAGCUGAUGUUAAUACGCUUAAAAAUGAAUGCUUAAGUAGUUCCCGCCUCGAAAGAGGACUUGUUACAGAAGCGGAAAAAAAGGCUAACUUACAAGCAACGACAAUUGAAAAUUUUCUGAAACGCCAGAAGAAGCCAAACUUUCUCUACUGGACAGAAUUUGUGGCCGAUAACUUUGAUAGUAUAUUGGCCGAUACCAAGCAUACAUUCAAGGGCAAAGGAAAAGAAACAAAAGUUGUUGAAUCUCCUGUCAUUCCUAUUGUUAAUGUACCUGAUGUAUCUUCAGUCACGGAUGAUGUACCUUUAUUACCAAAGAAGGAUGAGAAUCAUACUCGAGUCUGUACCAUUUCUUUCAACUCAAUAAAGCGCAAAGAUAUUGAUACUGAUAUCCAGCAGCAUAUAGUUGAUAUUCUCAAACAAACAACGGAGGAAGUAUUGGACUACACUACAAGCUAUGGAAUACAGCUUUUA